AUGAAGGUCUCCACUAUCACAAACAUGCAAUCACGAGCAAAAAUCAAUCCUCUCGGAGGGUCUCUAAAUCUGAAAUAUCCCGCCAUGAUCUGGGCAGACAUUUUAGGUACCCCGGUAAUACGACCAGCUGAUAUAGAGACAACAGCCCUUGGAGCUGCCUAUGCUGCUGGAUUAGCAGUCGGCAUUUGGACAGAAAAUGAGAUAUUUUGUUCAGGCGAAAAGAUGAAAAAAGCGAAAACUUUUCAUCCCAUUUUAGCCGAAGAACUCAGGGAGAAGAGAGUGGCGUCCUGGUGCAAAGCCGUUGAAAGAACUUUUGACCUGGCUGAUCUUUCUCUCUAA